UGAGCUCACCACCAUGUAUUAUAAGUUCAACGGCUUCACUCAGAAGCUGGUCGGAGCGGCGCCGGUGGAGGCUUACAGUCCGCAGGGGUUCCAACCAUUCACUAACCCUCAGGCUCCAGCGCCAAUUUUUUCAACACCAACAAAGCUUCCAGGUGAAUCCUCUGCUUCUGACACUUUAAUCAAAAACAGAGUGCCAGAGCUACAGAAACUCUUCCAGAAACCUGAUGGCAUACCUGUCCACUUAAAAGGAGGAUAUUCCGACAGACUUCUGUACCGAACCACAAUGGCAUUAGCACUCGGAGGGACCCUCUAUUGCAUCAUCGCGCUCAUCAUAGCCUCCCAGCCCAAAAAUAAAUAAAUAAUACUGGGAAUGAUCAGAGCAACUGUCAAAC